AACAGGAACACUGGCUGUUUCUCAGUGGCUUCCAGGACGCUGAGUCACUGCGGUAGCCAGCAGACAGACAGCACUCGCCCCUCAGCACUCACACAGCAGGAGAAAGACUGCAAACUUCUCUGGGUCCACAGCCCAUGCCGCACAUGGAAUUUCAUAACCAGAGCACUCCCUCUGCCCUUCCUGCCCUUCCUUCUCUCUCUCCCUCCGCUCUCCCUUCCUCCCUCCCUCCCUCCCCCUUCUCCUCUCCUCUGGCCCUCAGCACUGCACUGAGGUCUCCGGCCCCCUGCCUCCCAGCCUCUUCCCCCAGGGUGUCUGCAUUCCUGGCGCCAGUCCUGGCUGUGGAGUGUAUCCUGGGCCUGGUGGGGAACAGCUUGGCCUUCUUCAUCUUCUGCAUCCGCACGCGGCCCUGGUCGUCCAACGUGGUGUUCCUGGUCAGCCUGGUCUUCGCUGACUUUCUCCUGAUCGCCAACCUGCCCCUCCGCGUGGACUACUACCUACGCCGCGAGACCUGGCCCUUAGGGGACGCCACCUGCCGGGCCAGCCUCUUCAUGCUGUCCACCAACCGCACGGCCAGCGUGGUCUUCCUCACGGCCAUCGCGCUCAACCGCUACCUGAAGGUGGUGUGGCCCCACCACGCGCUGAGCCGGGCCUCGGUGAGGGCAGCCGCCUGGGUGGCCGGGGGUCUCUGGGGGUGCAUCCUGCUCCUCAAUGGGCACGUGUUCCUGAUCACCUUUCCCAGCCAGACCUGCAUCAGUUACCAGCUGGGCAUGCACCCCUCGGCCUCGAGGAGUGCGAUGACCCUCCACUGGCACCAUGCGCUGUACUUUCUAGAGUUCUUCCUGCCGCUGGCGCUCAUCCUCUUCGCCGUUGUGAGCAUCAGGCAGACCAUCCAGCGCCGUGGCCUGGGCGGGCAGGCGGGCCUCCGGAGGGCCAGGUGCGUGCUGACGGCUGUGGUGGCCGUCUACACAAUCUGCUUCUUGCCCAGCAUCGUCUUUGGCGUGGCAUCCAUCGUGGCCUUCCGCCUGCAUGCCUGCCCCACCCUGGACAUCUGCUCUCAGCUCUUCCACAGCUCCCUGGCCUUCACCUACCUCAACAGUGUCCUGGACCCCGUACUCUACUGCUUCUCCAGCCCCCACUUCCUCCGCCACUGCCGGACCCUGCUGGGCCUCAGCCAGGGCUCGCAGAGCCCAGACAGCGAUGAGAACUCCUGCCAGCCCCCUGGCCGCCUCCAGGAGGCCUCUGGGAAGGCAGAGACUGUAGGGACGCUACAGGUGGAGGGCUCACUGUAGGCUUUGCUGGAGUAAGGGAGUCUCCUCCUGGGCCUGGGGUCUGCAGGGCACUCCGGCAUGCAGGGAAGGGUCACUCCUGGACUGUUGUCGGCACAGGGGCCUCAGCCAACUGCACAGGAGCCAGGUGGGUGGCAGGGAGGGACAGAGUGUUGGCCUCAUGGAAGUGUGUCCCCUGGUGUCACCCCCAGAGUGCAGGAGAGUCUGAUGGAGAUAGGCAGGGGUGUAGGGGCUGCAGCUCAGACAGGGGGCUCCACAGCUGCCUGUUCCUGCCUGGUGAGCUCAUUACUGUGAGAGCAGGAGUCUUGCUUCAGAAAUUGGACAGCUGCAUGUUCGGGGAUCCCCAGCUCGUCCUUUCAAUACUAGUAAACUUCCUUUGAAAAUGCAAGCCUAUCUUGGCUGUCCCUUCUCUUUAAAUUGUAUUUUAUUGAUUAUGCUACGACAGUUGUCCCAAUUUCCCCCCCUUUGCCUCCCUCCACCCAGCACCCCCCACUCCCUCAGGCCAUCCCCACACCAUUGUUCAUGUCCAUGCGUCAUGUGCAUAAAUUCUGUGGCUACUCCAUUUCACAUCCCAUGGCCAUUCUGUGACCACCUGUUUGUACUUCUUGGUCCCCUCACCUCUUCACCCAUUCCCCCAGAGCCCCCUCCCAUCUGGCAACCAUAAAAACAUUCUCUGUAUCCAUGAUUCUGUUCUUCUUAGUUUGUUUUUUAGAUUCAAUUGUUGAUAGAUACACAUUUAUUGCCAUUUUAUUUUUCAUAGUUUUGAUCUUUUUCUUUAAAAAAUCCCCUUAACAUUUCAUAUAAUAAUGGCUUGGUGAUGAUGAACUACUUUAGCUUUUUCUUGUCUGGGAUGCUCUUUAUCUGCCAUUCAAUUCUAAAUGAUAACCUUGCUGGGUAGAGCAAUCUUGGUUGUAGGGCCCUGCUUUUCAAGACUUUGACUAUUUCUUGCCAGUCCCCUCUAGCCUGCAAAGUUUCUUUUGAGAAAGCAGCUGACAGCCUUAUGGGAACUCCCCUGUAGGUAACCGCUUUUCUCUUGCUGUUUUUAAGGUUCUUUCUUUAUCUUUAUCCUUUGGCAUUUUAAUUAUGAUGUACCUUGCUGUGGUCCUCUUUACAUCUGUCUUGUUUGGGGUUCUCUGUGCUUCCUGGACUUGUGUGUCUAUUGCCUUCACCAAAUUAGGGACAUUUUCUUAAUUACUUCUUUAUUUUUUAUUGUGCUCAUUGGUUGUUUUUUGCUUCCUUAUGUUUCAAAUCAUUGAUUUGAUUCUCAGCUUCAUCUACUCUCCUGUUGUUUCCCUGUAAUUGUUCUUUAUUUCAAUUAGUGUAUCCUUCAUUUCUGACGGUAUCUUUUCUAGGCUGUUGAGGUCCUCACUAGGUUCCUCGAGCAUCCUUAUAACCGGUGUUUUGAGCUCUGCAUCCGAUAGAUUGCUUAUCUCCAUUUUCUUUCGUUCUUUUCCUGGUGUUUUGAUUUGUUCUUUCAUUUGGGCCAUGUUUCUUUGUUUCCUCAUUUUGGCAGCCUCCCUGUGUUUGUUCCUAUGUAUUAGGUAGAGCUGCUUUGACUCCAUUUCUUGAUAGUGUGGCCUAAUGUAAUUGAUGUCCUGUAGGGUCCAGUGUAUAGCCUCCUCUAUCACCCAAGCUGGGUACUCGAGGUGUGCCCUUCAUGUGGGCUGAAUAUACCCUCCUCUUGUCGUUGAGCCAUGAUUGUUGUUGACAGGUCAAUGGGAGGGGUUCACCCAGGCCAGUCAGCUGCAAGGACCGGCUGUGACCA